AUGGCAAAAGAAAGUCAACACCAGGCACUAGCAGCACUACCAGGUACCACUGUUGCUACUGCAAUAGCAAAUAAUGCCACAGAACCAGUGAUACCCGGAGGAGGAAAAGGAAAAGAAGAUGCAUUUUCCAAGUUAAAGGAGAAAUUUAUGAAUGAACUAACCAAAAUUCCAUUGCCACCUUGGGCCUUAAUAGCCAUAGCCAUAGUUGCCGUCCUAUUAGUCCUUACCUGCUGUUUCUGUCUGUGUAAGAAAUGCUUGUUCAAAAAGAAAAACAAGAAGAAGGGCAAGGAGAAGGGAGGGAAGAAUGCAAUUAACAUGAAAGAUGUAAAAGAUUUAGGCAAGAACUUGAAAGAUCAGGCCCUUAAGGAUGAUGAUGAUGCUGAAACUGGAUUGACUGAUGGAGAAGACAAGGAAGAAGCCAAAGAAGAGGAGAAAUUAGGGAAAAUUCAAUAUUCCUUGGAUUAUGACUUUCAGAACAAUCAGCUUCUGGUAGGGAUAAUUCAAGCUGCUGAGCUGCCUGCUUUAGAUAUGGGUGGUACAUCUGAUCCAUAUGUGAAGGUUUUCCUGCUUCCUGAUAAAAAAAAGAAAUACGAGACAAAAGUUCACAGGAAAACCCUUAACCCUGUCUUCAAUGAACAAUUUACAUUCAAGGUGCCGUAUUCUGAACUGGGAGGAAAAACUUUAGUGAUGGCAGUAUAUGAUUUUGAUCGCUUUUCUAAGCAUGAUAUUAUUGGAGAAUAUAAAGUUGCCAUGAACACUGUAGAUUUUGGUCAUGUAACUGAAGAAUGGCGAGAUUUGCAGAGUGCUGAAAAAGAAGAGCAAGAGAAGCUAGGUGACAUCUGUUUCUCUCUCCGCUAUGUGCCUACUGCUGGCAAGCUGACUGUUGUCAUCUUAGAAGCAAAGAAUCUGAAGAAGAUGGACGUGGGAGGCUUAUCAGAUCCUUAUGUGAAAAUUCAUCUGAUGCAGAAUGGGAAACGGUUGAAGAAGAAGAAGACAACAAUUAAGAAGAACACUCUGAAUCCUUAUUACAAUGAAUCAUUCAGCUUUGAAGUACCAUUUGAGCAAAUCCAGAAAGUGCAAGUUGUUGUGACUGUUUUGGACUAUGACAAGAUUGGCAAGAAUGAUGCCAUUGGCAAAGUCUUUGUGGGCUACAACAGCACUGGCGCGGAGCUACGACAUUGGUCAGACAUGUUGGCCAACCCAAGACGACCCAUUGCACAGUGGCAUACCUUACAGCAAGAGGAAGAAGUAGAUGCCAUGCUUGCUGUCAAGAAGUAG